GUUGUUUCAUCAUUGUCCAGCACUGUUUUGAAGUAAAAUAAAAAACGACCCUUUAAAGAGAGAGAGAAGGUAAACAAAAAAGCAAACACCUUGCAGACAACAAUGGAGUCCUCUGGAGCUCAAAUGGCAAAGAGGAAAGCAAUGUGGCUCUAUCCUAAAGUCUCGGGCUUUAGCCCUUCUGAGAGAUGGGGGCACUCUGCUUGCUAUUCUAAUGGGGUUGUUUAUGUUUUCGGGGGGUGUUGCGGAGGUCUACAUUUUAGUGAUGUUCUCAUGCUAAAUCUCAACAUGAUGGUCUGGAGAACACUUGAAACCACAGGGCAGGGACCUGGCCCUAGAGACAGUCACAGUGUUGUCCUGGUAGGAACAAAAAUGAUGGUAUUUGGGGGUACUAAUGGUUCCAAGAAGGUGAAUGAUCUUCACAUACUGGACCUUACGUCGAAAGAGUGGAUACAAGCCGAAUGCAACGGUGUCGCACCUUCACCUCGUGAAAGUCAUACUGCAACACUUAUAGGUGAAGACAAGGUGGUGAUUUUCGGAGGGAGUGGCGAGGGAGGAGCGAAUUACUUGAAUGAUUUGCAUGUUUUGGACCUUAGGACUAUGACAUGGACCUCACCUCAGGUGAGAGGUCAUAUCCCUGUCCCUAGGGACAGUCACAGUGCUGUCGCGAUCGGAAACAAGCUCGUUGUGUAUGGUGGGGACUGCGGAGAUCGGUACCAUGGAGAUGUCGACAUCUUCGACAUGGAUGCUUCAACUUGGUCAAGGUUGGCUGUUCAAGGCUCGGUACCAGGUGUUAGAGCAGGUCAUGCUGCGGUGAACGUCGGAGCAAAGGUUUUCAUCAUUGGAGGCGUUGGGUAUAAACACUAUUACAAUGAUGUUUGGGUCCUAGACGUGAAUGCUUGUUGUUGGACUCAGCUAGAUAUAUGCGGCCAGCAGCCUCAAGGGCGAUUUUCUCAUACCGCUGUUCUUGCGGAAUCCGAUAUUGCUAUCUAUGGAGGAUGUGGGGAGGAUGAACGUCCGAUCAAUGAAUUGCUGGUUUUACAACUCGGUACACAGCAUCCAAAUGGCCGGUAUAACAUUUCGAUGUGCAAAACUUUCGGAGGCCAUUGGAACCAAGAAAAGAGAAGAUUCUUAAGAGUAGCACCUAGUAACUCGCAGAAAGGAAUCUGUUUCACUGAUAUUGACGUAGCAAAACAUGGAGAUAAUGAACCAGAUCAAGAAGCAAAGCAUUCUUCUCGGUUCAAUUCAGUUUUUCAUUACUUUUUAGAUAAUUCAAACCCGAAGAGGAGAAGAACAGCCAAUACAAAGGCAUGGGAGGUUGAUUCCGAGCAGGAAGAGCAUUCGCUUUCCCUCUCGCAGCAUUCAUCGCCUUCACAUUCUGAUCAAGAACAAGGCCUGGCACUAAAGCCCCCAGAUUCCGCUCCGCCCCAAGGCCUUAACUUGUUUAAGCAGUUCCAUCCUAUUCAAAGCAAUUGUCAACUUAACAAUGGUUCGAACAACCAUAAUCAGACCAGAUAUAUGGUCCACAAAACUCGAGAAGAUUCGCAAUAUACAAGAGAAUUUCAAAACCUUCAAAAACCGGAACGAUAUCUCCACGCUGUUCAUACUAGCAGACAAAGAAGUGGAACGCAAUGCUCGGCUGUGGAAGCAGGGCCUAUUAACAACCUGCUUGGCGCUGAAGUUCAUGGUAAAGUCGACGGAGCAUUCGACUCGGGUCUGCUGGUGACAGCAACUGCUAAUGGGAAGAUAUUCAGAGGAGUCUUAUUUGCACCUGGGUCGUCGGGUGUCGUCCCGAGAGGGUCAAUGCUCUCUCAAAGUCUGUUGAAAACACAUCAGGCCGGUGCCGCUCAACCGUUUCUAAACUCAACCAAUUUUGAACCUUUGAAGCCCUAUCAGCCACGAAUGAUGCGUAUUAUGCCGGAAUCCAGUCACGGCUCUCGGCAUUCGGCGACUAAUGGUACUGCAAAAGAUCCAAAGCUAAGAAGUGAUGUAGGAGAUGUGGUUCUAACACUAGGAGGACCUGGAACUGGCCCUGUUUGACAUGUUAUAGUAAAUAAAUAAAUAAA